GCACUGGUUGUGGGCCUGAAGAACCCGGCUUCGGGGCGCGGUGCGUCAGGAUUCGUGUCUACGGAGUUGGGCGUUCCCGGAGCCGGCGAGUUCCCUGCUUUUCCGCGGAGCCCGGCGGCCCUGAGCGGGGAGCGAGGACUCAGGCUCCGGAGCUGCGGGGCAGGAGUCCGCGUAUCCUCUUUCUCCGGUUCCGGCCGAGGCUGCGUCGCGGGGGGCCGGGCCCCAGCACGCUCCCCAUGGCGGGGCCGCGGGUGGAGGUGGACGGCGGCAUCAUGGAAGGGGGCGGGCAGAUCCUGAGGGUGUCUACGGCCCUGAGCUGUCUGCUGGGCCUCCCUUUGCGGGUGCAGAAGAUCCGAGCCGGCCGCAGCACGCCGGGCCUCAGGCCUCAACAUUUAUCUGGACUGGAAAUGAUUCGAGAUUUGUGUGAUGGGCAACUGGAGGGGGCAGAAAUCGGCUCAACAGAAAUAACGUUUACUCCAGAGAAGAUCAAAGGUGGAGUCCAUACAGCAGAUACCAAGACAGCAGGGAGUGUCUGCCUCUUGAUGCAGGUCUCAAUGCCCUGUGUUCUCUUUGCUGCUUGUCCAUCAGAACUCCGUUUGAAAGGUGGGACUAAUGCUGAAAUGGCACCACAGAUUGAUUACACAGCCAUGGUUUUCAAGCCAAUUGUUGAAAAAUUUGGUUUCACAUUUAAUUGUGACAUUAAAAUGAGGGGCUACUACCCAAAGGGAGGUGGUGAAGUGAUUGUCCGAAUGUCGCCAGUUAAACAGUUGAGCCCAAUAAAUUUAACUGACCGUGGCUGUGUGACUAAGAUAUAUGGAAGAGCUUUUGUUGCUGGUGUUUUGCCAUUUAAAGUAGCAAAAGAUAUGGCGGCAGCAGCCGUAAGAUGCAUCAGGAAGGAGAUUAGGGAUCUGUAUGUUAACAUCCAGCCUGUUCAGGAACCUAAAGACCAAGCUUUUGGCAAUGGAAAUGGAAUAAUCAUUAUUGCUGAGACAUCCACUGGCUGUCUGUUUGCGGGAUCAUCGCUUGGUAAACGAGGUGUUAACGCAGACAAGGUUGGAAUUGAAGCUGCUGAAAUGCUGUUAGCAAAUCUUAGACAUGGUGGUGCUGUGGAUGAGUAUCUGCAAGACCAGCUGAUCAUUUUUAUGGCAUUAGCCAGUGGAAUUUCCAGAAUAAAAACAGGACCAGUUACACUCCACACCCAAACAGCUAUGCAUUUUGCUGAGCAACUAGCAAAGGCUAAAUUUACUGUGAAGAAAUCAGAAGAUGAAGAAGAUGCCUCUAAAGACACUUAUAUUAUUGAAUGCCAAGGAAUCGGGAUGACAAAUCCAAAUCUAUAGGCAGGUGGUGGCUGCCCUCUGGGUGCGGUGCUCGUGCUUCUCAUUGCAGUGGCUUCUCUUGUUGCAGAACACAGACUCCAGGGUGCGCUCAGGCUUCAGUGGUCGCAGCACGUGGGCUCACGAGCUGCAGCUCCUGGGCUCUACGGCACAGGCUCAUAGUUGUGCAUGGGAUCUUCCUGGAUCAGGGAUCAAACCUGUGUCUCCUGCUUUGGCAGGCAAUUUCUUUACCACUGAGCCACCGGGGAAGCCCUGUUUUCCUAUUUUAGAGUAAAACUAUGCUGAUGGUACAGUUGUUGGAGGGAUUGUGAUAAAUUUGGGGUCUUAAGACUAGUGAUACUUCUGACAAGCUGGGCAGCAGUGUUACAGAGGUAGAUUGGAAUGCAAAGACUGGGAAUUUUGGAGCAAGAGAUUUAAGGUCAGCUUUGUACAUGAUGAAUUUAUGAUUAAUCUUAGCUUUGACUGUUAAGUCAAAACUUGGGUACAAUAAAGCUGGGACUACUGCAAAGAAAUUUUUAUUAGAAGAAGCAGAUAUUUAUUUUCCCCCCAAAGAAAUAUAUUUCUGUUUCUACCCCUAUAUCUGAAAUUGUAUUUCAGUAUAAAUGAAAUAUAAUGAAAAAUAAAUGAAAUAUAUAAAUGAAAAAUAAAUGAAAUAAAAAAAAAAUGCUUCUCAUUUUUUUUAAUAACCACCUAAUACAAGAACUAAUGUUGCUUGUACUCUAUAUGUGCAAUGGUCUUUAAAAAUAUUCUUUGACUAGUGACUUUCAAACAGGGGUAUUGUUACUACUUGAGUUUCAUAAAGCCUUCCCAUGAAUUUCAGGUUUGCAGAUGUCAUUAGUAUUUAGAGGAUAUGUUUCCAGAUUUCUCUAAUUAUGUAUUUCUUUCUAAAAUAGAGUUGCCUGUGGUUAAAGUA